UACGUGCAGACUUAAAUUUUGUGUAUAUCAGGGAAGGGUUUUAUCUACCUAGAUUCUGAGCGCAGUCGGCUGAUAUGUCUUGAGUGUUAUGUGUAAUUGAGUGGGUGUUGCCUUAGUUUAUGUACUUUAAAUAAUUUUGAAUUAGGAACUAUUAGAAAAAUCAAAAUUUCGAUCAUUAGUUGCAUAGAAUCAUUAUCUACGUUCUGUUAAACAUGACUGAGCAACAGCUAGACUGUGCUUUGGAUUUGAUGCGAAGACUCCCUCCACAGCAAAUAGAAAAGAAUUUAAGUGAUCUUAUUGACUUGGUUCCGAGUCUUUGCGAAGAUUUAUUAUCAUCAGUUGAUCAGCCUUUGAAGAUUGCCCGUGAUAAAAAUGUUGGCAAAGAUUAUUUGUUAUGCGAUUACAAUCGAGAUGGUGACUCGUACAGGUCACCUUGGAGCAAUACUUAUGAUCCGCCCUUAGAUGAUGGUGCCAUGCCUUCCGAUAGGCUACGAAAAUUGGAAAUAGAUGCAAAUGAAGCAUUUGACCAAUAUAGAGAGAUGUAUUUCGAAGGUGGCGUAUCUUCUGUAUAUCUUUGGGAUUUAGAACAUGGCUUUGCUGGUGUGAUAUUAAUAAAAAAAGCAGGUGAUGGUUCUAAGAAAAUUAAAGGCUGUUGGGAUUCCAUUCAUGUUGUUGAAGUUCAGGAAAAAUCUAGUGGUCGAAGUGCACAUUAUAAAUUAACAUCCACCGUUAUGCUAUGGCUUCAGACCAAUAAAUCUGGUUCUGGUACAAUGAAUUUAGGUGGCAGUCUUACAAGACAGAAUGAAAGUGAUUCAAAUGUGAAUGAAGCCAAUCCUCAUAUUGCAAAUAUUGGGCGAAUGGUUGAAGAUAUGGAGAACAAAAUUAGAAAUACUUUGAAUGAAAUAUAUUUUGGGAAGACCAAAGACAUAGUGAAUGGACUUAGAUCUGUGCAAUCUCUUUCUGAGCAAAGACAGCAAGCGGAUUUAAGGAACGAUCUUGCCAAAGCACUACAGAGAAGGCAAGCAAAAGGAAGUGAUAACUGAGCAUGUUAUUCAAAUUAGCAAAAUAAAACUCUUGUAUACUUCUGAAUGACAGAAGCAGUGUACUGAAUUUUAAAUACUACAAAGAUUAAAAUGAUCCAGCAUCAUUUUUUGGCAUAAAUUGCAUUGAAAAACUGUGUCAGUUUUUUUUUAAUAUAUAUAUAUAUACUUUUGAGCUCUAUCUACAACAUUGUUUCCCAAAUUGGUUUAUUUGUAAUCAUUAAUCUUUUUCAGAAAUGCAUUGCAUGUAUAAGGGAAUUUCAUAGUGUAAAUUUGUAAAAUAAUCAUGUUAAAUAAUUAUCAAUAUAUGUUUUCUGGUAUGAAUUUUUGCUUGUUUUUUAUCCUUUUUUACAUAUUUAUUUCAUGUUUUCACAAAUGCUGGCAUAUAUAUGAAACAUUUUAAUAUAAAAUUGAUUUUUUAUUAAAUUCUGUUUAAUAAUUUUAAACAUACUCAGCUUUUUUUUUUUUAUUAUUUGUAUGUAAGCCAAACUGCUAUUUUUUAAUCAUGGAAUCAAGAACUAUCCAAAGCUGCAGUUGUGAAUUGCCGUUAAGAUGCAAUUCUCAUCUCAAUACAUUAAACUUUAAACUUGGUGGCCAGAUGAGUAAUUUGUAUUUUUUUUUGUUAAACAUGGACCAAUACAGUGAAGUUGCAUUAUUGCAGAUAAUUUACUUGGAGUUAUAAUUCUAAUUAGUUAUAACAUAAAGUUAUAAUCCUUUCUCAUAUAUUAGAUAUAUCAGCAAUUACAAUGAAAAUAAAGCUGCAUUAUUUUGUAAA